AUGCGAUCUUCCGCUCAUCCGGAGAGGCUUCUCGGUGGAGCCAUCCAAGCGGAUGCGGCGGAACGUCGCAGGAGGACGCCGGUGGAUGAAGCGGCGGCCGCUGCUGAGGCCGAGAGGGUGGUUGAAAGGGCUGAGAUGGAAGAGGCGAUGAGAAUCGCCGCGGAAGCCGAACGUCGGGAGGAGGCUGAAAGAGCGAGACAGAGGGAUGGAGAAGAGUCCGACUCCGGUGACGAAACCAAUUCCGAUUGUGAUGAUGGGACGCCGCCGGGCCAUCCAGAUGUGGAUCAUGAGGACAAUGAGGGAGAGACGUCAGGCCAAGCGAGGCUUGAGAGUAUUCCGGAUGUAAUUAAGAUGCCGAGUCGUACACCGUCGUCGGGCCUGAUCGAUGAUGGGAGGUCGUGGAUGACAGACGAGAUUCUUCAAGACCUCGUGGUGGAGGCCGGGUUUCCUAAUUCUGUGGAAUUUUGCAUUCCGGAUCAUCAUGAAAGACCCUAUACUUCCCCGGCGGGGUGGAUGUGCGUCUACGAGUGUAUGUUUACUGAAUUUGGGAUGAGCUUCCCUCUGUCUCCUCUGUUUUUGCAAUUCGCAGCCAAUCGUGGCGUUCCCACGAGUCAAUUGACUCACGGUGUGGUUCGCCACAUUGUUUUUACCGAGGCUCUAGCUAAAGCUGCCGGAGUUGCGUUCGAUCGACUCUUGUUCGAGCAUGUUACUGAUCUCCGGACUUCAUCGCGGGAAGGAAACUUCAAGCGGUUCCAUACCACGAUGAAGUACGAUAUUGUUUUCGGAGAUUACCGAAACAAGAUCCAUUGGUGGAAGAAGGCCAUCCAGGCGAGCGAGACCAAGCGGCGAACUCAAGGAGAAGUUCAAGUUACUGAAGGAGCUCAGCCAUUGAUUGUGGCCUGA